AAAAAUCUAUCUAUCAUAGCAUAUUUUAUAUUAUCAUACAUUUUUCAUGAGUGGCUUUCACUGCUUCUCGUAUUAGUGGGAGUGCUCUUUGUCUCCUCCCAUCAUACUCAGCACAUCAUUUCAUGGGCUGUCAUAUUGUCAGUGCGUUUCAAACCGGAGAGGAGAACACUGCCGCUGCUUUGAGUAGUUGGAGUCUGCUGUGAUGGGGGAGAGGGAGUUGCUCAUCUUUCUGCUUGCAGGGCUUUGUGUUCCUGCUUCCAACGACAUCAGACGACUCUUCUUUGUGAAUUUUGAGUUGACCUGGUCAGAAGCUCAGAGCUACUGUAGAGAGAACCACACUGACCUGGUUACUGUUCAAAGCCAGAAUGAAACAGAGCACCUCUUAAAUAUGACACGAUAUUCUGUCAACGAUGCUGUCUGGAUCGGGCUGUAUUGUGAUAGUGUCAUCUCCAACUGGGCUUCACUCCUCUACUGCGCUUCAAUCAAUUCACAGGGAGAGUGGGAAGAUCAAUUCUGCUAUCAGAAAAAAGCUUUCAUGUGCUACACAGAGACCAGCAACAUUACUGAGAGAUACACCCUGAUUGAAGAACUGAAAACCUGGACUGAAGCUCAGCAGUACUGUAGAGAACACCACACCGACCUCGUCAGUAUAAAGAGUGCCAGUGAAAAUGAAGACCUAGUGAAGAAAGCGCAGGGCAAGCCCUUCUGGAUAGGUCUGUUCAAUAACCUGUGGAAGUGGUCACACCAGGGGGAUAACUACACAUUUCACAACUGGAGAUAUGACCAACCGGAUGAUUAUCAAGACAAAGAGAAAUGUGUGGUGAUGCUUAAGGAUGGCAAAUGGGCAGAUAUUGACUGCAAAAGUCAUCGUUCCUUUAUCUGCUUUGAUGACACUGGUUCCUUUUUGAUAUACAGUCCGUAUCAGAACACCUGCGUCAAUGCUCUUAAUUCCAGCUCUGUAGUGAACAGUCCUUGCAAUCCCGAUGUCAAAUCACAGCAGUUCAGAUGGGUCUCUGAAUACAGACUGCAGAGCGUCUCAUUGAAAUUAUGUCUGGGAGUGGCGAGUAAGACAGACGGGGUUAAAGUCCUGCUCUACCCCUGUGAUGAGAAGAAUGAACUGCAGCAGUGGCAAUGCAGGGAUAACCAUGUACUUGCAAUCCAGGGAGCCGACCUAUUUUUCAACUCCAGACACCUCGUUGAAAACUAUAUCGUGCUGUAUAUAGGAUCAGGGUUCUAUAGCAGAUGGAACAUAUAUGGCACGGGGGAUGACUUGUGCUCCAGGCUCUCCAAGAAUUACGAUCCACAGGACACCACCACUGUUCAGUCUGACUCUCAGAGCUCUCCAACCACCUGGCCAUCCUGGCUCCCUGGCACUUCACCCGCAGGAACAGGCACUCCAGUCCCUGAGGAGCUCCACCUGAUCUCUGACAGUAUGGUCUGGCCGGAGGCUUGGCAGUACUGCAGGGAUCACUACACUGACCUAGUGAGCCUCACAAGCCUGGCUGCACAGAACAGAGUGUCGGAGCUCGUCAGGAACAGCACUGCAUCGCGAUUCUGGAUCGGCCUGCACAGAACCGUGGUGUAUGAUAAAUGGUACUGGGUUGCUGGUAAGGAUAAGAGGGCCCCCCUAAACUACACUAACUGGGCCCCUGGGGAGCCCAACAAUCCUUACUAUGAGCACUGCGGGGAGAUGGUGCUGGGGGAGGAUGGGGGGGCUGAGUGGAAUGAUCUGUGCUGCUAUGAAAAGCUCCCCUUUAUCUGUUUCAAAGAUAAAAACCUCUCCUAAAAGGUUUUAUUGCAGUGGUUCUUAAACUUUCUAUAGUUGGAACCCCCAUUUAAAGUCACUUUAGUCUGGGAAAGCAACAUUUAUUAAUACAUUUAUAGAAAUAGCUAGACCUACUUUUUAUUAUAUAAACAUGAAAUGUAUGAGUAAUAGAAGUCUGGUAUGUGACACAGUUUGGCAAUGCCAUGUGUGCUGCAAUGCACUUCAGCCACUGCAGAUGUGGUCGUUUGAAACCUUCCUGUGACCCCCCAGGGGGUCCCAACCCCCACUCUGAGAGCCACUGUCUUCACAGAACCCAUAGCUUUACUAUAUGAGUAGUACACCAAAAAUACUUCAGGUCCUAUGUAGACAAUACUAUAUAAUACUGUUAAAGGGAUACUGUAUAUUGUCUUCUACAUGUUGUUACUUGUUACUUUUAAGCAUUUUUUUUUCUUAAAAAAUAUUUUUUUAAUAUUUAAGUAGUUUUUAGUUAUUUAAGAAGUUGUGUCUGUAGUUGGGUCCUGGAUAUUGUCAUCAGCACCAGCAUAACAAAAUCAAAAGAAAACUUUUAUUUUCCUUGUUUGCACUUUUGUGUUGCUUCAUUGAGCUACAGCAGAGCAGGCAUUCAUACCCCCCUGCUGCUGCAGGUAGUCGCAGGAGUGUGUCUGUUUAGAAAACAUUAGAGUGACACAAAGAGGGAGGGAGGAAGCUUGUGUGCAUGUCUGCCUGCCUGCAGCUGAAACUACCUGCCUCUAGGGAAUAUACCCAAACUGGACAGCCAACAGGGCCUGGUUUCUGAUGAAGCAGAUUGCACCUAAUGCUAACCUGUUUAAAUGUUUGAAAGAUAGAUAGAUAGAUAUUAGUAUGAUGCUACAACUUUAACUAUACAAAAAUAGAAAAUAUGUUACAGGUUAAGUGGGUACAAUCUCAUUAUUUAUAUAAUAUAUUUCUGAGUGUAUUUUGUGCUAUUAUAAAAUAAAGAUUUUAACUGGUGAACCCAG